AUGCUUCUCGGAAAGGUUUUCACAUCCCUCGCCUUUGCGGCCAUGGCAAUUGCACCUGCCGCCUCUGCCCCAACUGCAGAGCCAGGCGCCACAACUGUGCUAGUAAAGCGUACAACUAUCGGCGAUCACGCUCGUAGUUGCUACAGCGGUGUGCAGGUACAUUGCGAUUACAUCAAUAACCACAUCCAUGACCACGGGGGCAUUAUUACCGUGGAUGUUGCCGCAACUAUCCUCGUCGAGCUCGAUGCAAUCCUUGCACUCAUCGUCACUUUGGUUGGACAGAUUACUGGAGAAGUCCUUGUCCAAAUCACUAUAAUUUCGGGCUCGCUCAUUCUCACUAUUGACGGGCUCCUGGGCUUGAUCCUUGGGCUUCUUAGUGGUAUCUUGGGCAGCUUGAGGUUGGAUAUCGAUACCUCUAUCGACCUCUUCAAUACCGCCAGUGGAUACUACCACUAA